AUGCUUCCUCUCAAUAGCACCACCUCCUUCUUCUCCACCUUCCUGGUGACAGGCAUUCCUGGGCUGAAGGCUGUGCACAUCUGGAUCUCCAUUCCCUUCUGUGCCAUGUUCCUCAUUACCUUGGUGGGUAACAUGACCAUCAUGACAGUUAUCUGGAGGGAGCAGACCCUCCAUGUGCCUAUGUACCUCUUCCUGGCCAUGCUAGCUGCCUCUGAUCUGGGCCUGUCCCUCUUCACCUUCCCCACGAUGCUGAGGAUCUUCUGGUUGGAUGCUCAAGAACUGACCUUUUCAGCUUGCUUUACCCAAAUGUUCUUUAUUCACACCUUCCAGGACUUUGAGUCUGCUGUUAUUCUGGCAAUGGCCUUUGACCACUAUGUAGCCAUUUCUCGUCCACUGUACUAUUCUUCCAUCCUCACCAUUAGUGUGAUUUCCAGGAUGGGUUUGGCUAUUUUUGUGCGAACCUUGGCAGCAGAAGUGCCCCUCCCCAUCCUCUUGAUGAGGCUGUGCUUCUGUUGCUCCAAUGUACUUUCUCAUUCCUACUGUCUGCACCCUGACAUUAUAAAGCUCUCUUGCAGCAACACUAGAAUCAAUAGCAGUUUGGGAUUGUUUGUGGUGCUUUCUACCAUGGGUCUAGACUUUUUGCUCAUUCUCUUUUCUUAUGUGCUGAUAUUGAAAACUGUGCUUAGAAUUGCUUCCCAUGGUGGCCGUCUCAAGGCCCUCAACACCUGCAUCUCCCACAUCUCUGCUGUGGUCAUCUUCUUCACACCCAUGAUCUGCCUGUCCAUGCUGCACCACUUUGGCUCAAGACUUCCUUCACAUGUCUAUGUGACCUUGGCCAACAUGCACUUCCUCAUCCCCCCUGUGAUGAACCCCAUUGUCUAUGUUGUGAAAACUAAGCAGAUGUGGGAUAAAAUAUUUAAGUUUUUCAUCAAAAGAGAAGCUGGAGAAUCAAAGUGA